GUCUGACGGAGCGACUAGAAGGUUUCAGAGAGAGCGAGGAGAGAGAGAGAAUGGUGGCACACGUGGGAAUCACCUCCUUAUCAUCCUCCAUUGCUUGUAUGUCUCGGCCUCGUCGAUUCUCCUUCAUCAAACCCAAACCAUUGGCUAUGGCUACAAUGCAUGAUGAUCCAAUCCGUGAAUGGGUUCUAUCAGAAGGAAAGGCAACACAGAUUACAAGGAUUAGUUCCAUUGGUGGUGGUUGCAUCAAUCUUUCCAAUCGUUAUGACACUGAUGCUGGCUCCUUUUUUGUUAAAACAAACAGGAGUAUUGGACCAUCAAUGUUUGAGGGAGAGGCUUUGGGUUUAGAUGCAAUGUACAAAACUGGAUCAAUCCGUGUGCCUAAACCAUUUAAGGUUGGAGUCCUGCCAACGGGUGGUUCAUAUAUAAUUAUGGAAUUUAUUGAAUUUGGCUCUUCUAGAGGCAACCAGUCUGCAUUAGGAAGGAAGCUUGCUGAAAUGCAUAAAGCGGGGAAAUCUGAAAAAGGUUUUGGUUUUUAUGUUGACAAUACUAUUGGCAGUACUCCACAGAUAAACACUUGGACAUCAGAUUGGAUUCAAUUUUAUGGGGAGCAUAGAUUGGGUUAUCAACUGAAGUUGGCACGCAAACAGUAUGGUGAUUCAACCAUAUAUGAAAGAGGGCAAAGACUGAUGAAGAAUAUGGGACCGCUUUUUGAAGAUGUUUUGAUAGAGCCAUGCCUGUUGCAUGGAGACUUAUGGAGUGGGAAUAUUAGCUCUGACAAGAACGGAGAGCCUGUUAUACUUGAUCCAGCGUGUUACUUUAGUGACUACUACAUGUUAGCCACUGAACAGCCUAGGAAUUUAGCAUAA